CGUUCGCGAGACUGGCGCAGAGACGCGCGCUGAUUGGCCGGUGGCACUCGAAUGAUCUGUUCGGAAUUCUGCAGAAGUACAAGUGAUGAAGAGUGACGCUUCUCUUUCUCAUCACACACUAACCAAAAGAGUGUGUGAUCAAAGUGUCGCAGAGAGGUGCAAAAUAAGCAGCAGUGAGUCAGAGUUUGAUCAGUUAUGGGCGGCGGAGGACAGCAGACGGACCGGAUCACCGGGACCAACGCGAGGUUCAGCACUUACACCUGGGAGGAGGUACAGAAACACACUAAGUCUGGAGAUCAGUGGAUCGUGGUGGAAAGGAAGGUGUAUAAUGUGAGCCAGUGGGUGAAGAGACACCCCGGAGGACUAAGGAUCAUCGGACACUAUGCUGGAGAAGAUGCCACGGAGGCGUUUACUGCGUUUCAUCCAGACCUUCCGCUGGUGAGGAAAUACAUGAAGCCGCUGUUAAUCGGGGAGCUGGAGGCGUCUGAACCCAGUCAAGACCGCCAGAAAAACGCUGCUCUUGUGGAGGAUUUCCGAGCCCUUCGUGAGCGUCUGGAAGCUGAGGGGUGUUUCAAAACCCAGCCCCUGUUUUUCCUCCUGCAUCUGGGUCACAUCCUGCUCCUGGAGGUCAUCGCCCUGAUGCUGGUGUGGUACUUUGGAACCGGCUGGAUCAACACGGCCAUCGUUGCUGUUUUAAUGGCUACCGCACAGUCGCAGGCUGGAUGGCUGCAGCAUGACUUCGGUCAUCUGUCUGUCUGUAAAUCCUCUCGAUGGAAUCACUUAGUGCACAAAUUUGUCAUCGGACACCUGAAGGGAGCGUCUGCGGGCUGGUGGAACCACCGCCACUUCCAGCAUCACGCUAAACCCAACGUGUUCAAGAAGGACCCGGAUGUCAACAUGCUCAACAUGUUUGUGGUGGGAAAAGUGCAGCCUGUGGAGUACGGCGUUAAAAAGGUUAAGCAUCUGCCUUACAACCAUCAGCACAAGUACUUCUUCUUCGUUGGACCGCCUUUGCUCAUUCCAGUUUUUUUCCAGUUCCAGAUCUUUCACAAUAUGGUCUCACAUGGUCUUUGGGUGGACCUCGUGUGGUGUAUAAGUUACUACGUUCGAUACUUCCUGUGUUACACGCAGUUCUACGGUUUGUUUUGGGCGGUGAUUCUCUUUAAUUUCGUAAGGUUCAUGGAGAGUCACUGGUUUGUGUGGGUGACCCAGAUGAGCCACAUCCCCAUGAACAUCGACUACGAGAAACACCAAGACUGGCUGAGCAUGCAGCUGGUUGCAACCUGUAACAUUGAGCAAUCCGCCUUCAACGACUGGUUCAGCGGACACCUCAACUUUCAGAUCGAGCACCAUCUCUUUCCCACAAUGCCUCGGCACAAUUACUGGCGCGCCGCUCCACACGUGCGAGCGUUGUGUGACAAAUACGGAGUCAAGUACCAAGAGAAGACCUUGUACGGGGCCUUUGCGGACAUCAUUAGGUCUUUGGAAAAAUCUGGAGAACUCUGGCUGGAUGCGUACCUCAACAAAUAAAACCUCUCUACUGUUUGCAUUUAAAAAAAUAAAAAGCUGAGCAGAAUCCACCAAUCAGAGAGAGCAUGUCGCAGACUAGACAUUAAAAAAAGUCUCUUAACUAAAAGACCAGUCAAUCAGAUUGCUAAAAUGACACGUAGCACUUUUGUUUUUGAUAUUUAAAGGGUAAUUGUGGCACUUUGAAUGUGUUUGAAAGAGACUGAUCAGAGAGAUGUGGGUCUUUCUCCUAAUAAAAAAAAAAAGUAUCUGAAGGUACAUGAAUGUGCAUGAUCGUGCCUGAAAGUCGUGUGAUUGCUGGAUUACAAUCGCUGAAAUUUAGAUUUGCAUAGUUGCUAGAGGCAUUGAAUAUUUUGAGGAUAAUUUCUGAGGCACAAUCUUUUAGCAGUCACUUUAUUUCUUAAAUUUACAAUACAGUAAUUUUGUUUUUAUAAAUAACAUUUGGAGAAACUAGCUGGAUAAUACUAAGAGGCUGUACUUCUGGUUUUAUAUGACAUGAUUUCCUACUACUGGUAACCAAUUAAACUGAUUAAACCU